GCGAGGGGGGAGCCACCGCGGAGGCGAAGGAGACCGGGACCGCGGGGCUGCCGGGGCGCUGCCCGCAUGCUGGGCCGGGGGCGCCGCCGGGGCUCGCGCCCUGGGCUGCAAGGCCGCCGCUGCCCCGGGCGCCCGGUAUGUCGGUGCACUACACCCUCAAUCUGCGCGUCUUCUGGCCCCUGGUGACCGGCCUCUGCACUGCCCUUGUGUGCCUCUACCAUGUCCUGCGGGGAAGCGGGGGAGCCCGGGCCGAGCCCCCCGACGGUGCGGACGGCGGCUUCCCGCUGCUCAAGGUGGCCGUCCUGCUCCUCCUUGGCUACAUCCUCCUGCGCUGUCGCCACGCUGUUCGGCAGCGCUUCCUGCCAGGGUCUCCUCGCCUGGGGAGCCACUCGACCUUCUCUCCUAGACACUUCCGAGAGCCCAGUCUUGGCAUCUUGCUGGAGAGUUACUACGAGCACGAGGUGCGCCUGUCCCCGCACGUGCUGGGCCACAGCAAGGCGCACGUGAGCCGAAUCGUGGGCGAGCUGGUGCGGGCUGGCCGCGCCCGGGGGUCCCCCGGCCCCAUCCCCGGCGGCGCGCUGGCGUUGGCCUUCCGUGGAGACUUCAUCCAGGUGGGCAGCGCCUACGAGCAACACAAAAUCCGGCGGCCCGACGGCUUCGACGUGCUGGUGCCGCUGCGUCUUCCGCCGCUGGUGGCGCUGGAGCCGCGGAGCCUGGGCGCCGAGCCCGCGCUGGCCCCUGCCUUCCGCGGCUGCUUCGUGUGCGCCCUCAAGGCGCCGCCGGGGGCCUCCGGGAGCCACUGGCUGCGGGACUGCAAACCCUUCGCCGACGGGUUCUGCGUGGACGUGCUCGGGCGGCGUCACCUCUCUGCCGCGCUGGUGCUGCGCUGGUUCCAGGCGCACCUGCAGCGCUCCCUGGCCACCGUGCGCUACAGUCUGGAGGGGCGUUGUCGGGUCAGCCUGACCCCGGGCGGCCUGGAGCAGCCUCCCACCCUGCACAUCCUGCCCUGCCGCACGGACUACGGCUGCUGCCGCCUUUCCAUGGCAGUGCGUCUCAUCCCUGCUGUGCAUUUGGGCGACGGCGUUUUCCUCGUGGCACCGCCACCAUCCCCCUCGCCCAUCGGGCCCCUGUCGGAGCUCCCUGGAGGCCUGCGCACGGAUGCACUGUGGGGUGUGAACACAGCUCGGCAGGAGCAGAAGCUGCUGAGCUGGCUGCAGGAACGGGCCCCUCCAGGUGCCUGCUACCUCAAGUGCCUGCAGUUGCUUAAAGCUCUGCGAGACCUGGGCGCCCGCGGGCUGGACCCAACGGCCGCCACCCAGUGGGGACGCAUUCUGUCCUCAUACAUGCUCAAGACAGUGCUGCUGGCGGUGCUGCUGCGGGAGGGGGCUCCUGCUUCAGGCUGGGAGGAGGCGCACCUGGGCGAGCGGCUGGAGGAGUUAGUGCAGUUCCUUAGGGACUGCCUGCUGAGACGCCAUACGCUCUUCCACUGCGUCCUGGGCCCUGGUGGGGCGGCUGCCGAGGUGGGCCCGCUGCCCAAGGUACUGCGUGAAGCUGCCCCCGUUGACCUCCUGGCUGCGUUCGACAGGCACGCCCGGGAACUUGCAGCGGCGCGGUUGCUGUCCACCUGGCGAAGGCUGCCCCAACUUCUCCGGGGCUACGGGGGUCCUCGCUACCUUGCCAGGUGCCCCCCACCCCGCAGUCAGCGCACGCAGGGGUUCCCUGAAGAUCAGCCAUAAAACUUGACAGUGCCCCCACACGGCCUAAUGCUCCUAAAGCCUCUCCCACCAGAUGGGGUGGGGAUGGCAACGAAGCCAGUUUAAUGCAAGGAAAUGAGGUGCCAAAGGUGAUGGAAAAUUCGGCGGGUGACAUUUGGUAGCUUAUAUGUGCCCCCUGGCUCCACAAUCCAGUAUAGUUAUGGCGUCUUCUUCACACCCACCAGCGUAUCCUGAGCAAGCUACAGAAAAAGACCUUCAACACCAGCCACUAAGAGUUGGUUCAAAUGUUGGUUUGUGUGGAAUGAUUCUGUAGAAGGAUCCAGCUUUUAGGGAAGCCCAAUGAAGGAAGCAAGAACUAGCUGCAGGGAAAGUUCCCUCUGUCAGUUUUUGAGACAGAUCUCUGGCCCCCAAAUUUAAAGAAGCUAUUUUUCCCCCCUGUAACUACUUGCCCCAUCCUGGGUUCCUGGUUGUCUUUUAAAAAAUCGGAAUCUUUAUCUACAACUGGAAUUGAAGUUCUAGUCUAGGGGCUAAUGUUCUGAGGAACACAGUUUUCACUAUUCAAAUUAAUAUUAAUGUGUUUUUUAAGCGGUGCAAUCACAGGUGUUUGACAGGACUGCAAAGAAUUAAGUCACGUGUUGAGAGGCAGUCAAGAGUUGGUUAGAGAAACUUCCAGAGCAAAUAGCACUUUAUUUUGAUCAGUCCUUUCAUUUUGUGGUAAUUGCCACUGCCAAGUGUUGCAUCCAAAAGGGAGGCCAGUUACCUUUAUUAUUUUUUUAAUAAUUUUUUAUUGUUAUAUUAAUCACCAUACAUUACAUCAUUAGUUUUUGAUGUAGUGUUCUAUGAUUCAUUGUUUGUGCAUAACACCCAGUAACUUUAUUAUUAAGAAAUGUGCAGUCGUAAAAAGCAGGCUUGCUUAACAUCCCUGCAGGCACACCCUAGGAUAUGUACCAGUCAACAGGCAUUGCCCACCGUGAGCCAGAAGGGCCAAGUAGCAAAGAAUAUGUGUUUAGGACCAUACUGGUGAGCAGGGAAAACAGGUUGGGUUUUGAGAAAGAUACAUUUGCCUAUCCAGGUGACUCACCAGAGCUUGCUGCUGGCUGGAGACGGAAACAUUUGUUGUUGUUGUUGUUGUUUGAAGCCUUUUGAACAAACUCUUCUGCAUGGAAAUGUCUUUCUGAGUUUCAUGAGAUAAUGAGCAAACGCCUGCCAUAGUGCCUAGCAUGUAGUUAGCUCUCUGAGUCAGUGCUCAGUGAUGGUUAGUGGUCACCACGUUUCCCUCCCAUCCCCCUGGUGGCCUUUAAGUGGUCCUAAGGCCAACUUGGAGGAGCGGCUGAUUCGGCCCAGGUCUUGCAAAGCAUUUCCUAUAGAAUUCAGUAACUUGGGCUCUGUGCUCCCUGACCACGGAUCAGCAGUCAGCCGAGGAGAGCGAGGUGCGGGUGACAGCUCUUGGCCAGUAGUCUGCUGUUUUUUCUCUUUGGACAUAAAUAUCCCCAAUUCACUUUAGGUUUAGGUUCAGAAUACUCCAUCAUCUGCUUGGCUAAUAGAAAAUGCAGUCAGUCCCACCCAGUGUUAGACCUUGGGACUUUUAAUUUUUUUGAUAAAGACAUGUAUUUCCUUAGACUUUUAAAGGUAAAACUUGGAAGACAGAAAUAGCCACCUGAAUAGGGCCAUUGUUUAGCUUCUGAGUUAUUCUGAGGGAAUUCUUUAAACUUUCUUUAGGGGACCUACUUGGCCACUGCAGGAAAUCAUUGUGAAUAAAUGAUUUGCAGGGGAUCCUCAUGGGAGCUGCAGAGACUUCUUAGAUCCUUUGCAACCUUGGACUGUAAGAGAAACAGUUGCAAAUGUCAUGCCUUCUCUUUGAGGUUGUUGUGGGGACAGUUCCUCUUGAUAUCACAAAGGUCAUUCCCAGUUUUUAAGGUCAGUGUUAGGUCAUAAGGUACUGAGUUUAGUAAAGAGAUCAGUCUACCAACUUCCUGCAAAGAUAUAAACUGCAGAGUGUUCCUUAAAAUUACUUUUUAAAACAGAUGCAAAGAGUAGGUAGAUCUUUAUAUAUAUAUAUAUAUUUAUAAUGUUUCCAUAUCAGCCCCAAUUCCCCCUGUAGUCGUUAAGUCUACUGAAAUGGGGAACAGCAAGGCUAUUGGAAGGAUUAUAAAGCUUUAAAAGCUGAACUUUCCAAUGUCUCUAGUUGAGUUGAUAGGUUCCUUUUUUUAUCUUGCUAGUCUUUUGAAGUUUAAAUCUGGUAACAUUUUGUUCUUGUAGUGUUUUUGUUAUUUUUUUCACGUUAAUUACCCAAAGCCUCAUCCAUCCUCAAGAUUUUUAAAUUUUAUUAUUAUUUUUUAAUUAAUGGGGCAUUGUGUUUGUGAAUUGUUAAAGUAUUAAUGUUUUAUUUAAGUGCCAUGCUGAGCGAUUGUUCUCUGUACAUGGCAACCAAAACGUAGAGAUUUCGAUCAAUUUUGAUCAAUGUGUAGUGAUCCCAAACAUGUACUGUGUACAAAUGAAAUAAUAUGGCGUAUUAGCCAGGUGUGAUGGUUGCCCAAGGCACUUAAAUUAAGCUCAAUUCUUUCUUUUAUCAGGGCUCCAUCACCUCCUUGAUCUGAAAUGUACACAUUUUUGGUGUAUACUUGGUACUAGAGAUUGAUGUAUGCAAAGAUUCUUAUACAAGCCUCCAAAUUGCUCGUGGUUAAAAAAAAAAAAAAGAUUAACUGUCCAGCCAGUGCCAGAAGAAAAGUUUUCGGGAGGAUGACUCAGCCAUUUUGCCUGAAGACACCCUUCAGUAACUCCCACUGACCAGUCUUGGGAGCCAUCCUGGAAGUCUCGUCGUGGGCUGAGAAGAGGAGAUGUUUUUUUGCAAGAGGAAAUGGAAGAAGCUGUUAGAAGGGAGACCGGGAGCAGGGGAACCAAGAGAAAUCUGAAGAAUUCAGGAGAGAGGCCUUAAGAGGGAAGUGAAGGAAGCGACGGCGGGAAGGGAACCCCGGGGGUGGGGGGAGAAUCACAUGAGGGUGCAAGAGGUUUGGGUAGGAAACACAUUUUUAGGUAUGUGCUAUUUCAAGCCAGGGGUCGCAAACUCAGCAGCCUGGAGAAGUAAGGCAGGGAGAUCAGUCCGGGCCGGGGUGGGUGGGUGGUGGGGACUAGGCUCCUCUUAAACAGGGCAGCCAUUGGUCAGCUCUGUGCUGGGAAAAAGGUAGGGAGGGGCCGGAAAUCAGGAUUCGUUUUUUUUUAAAGUGAAACUUUCUCAUUUUUAAACAAAAUCAUUUUAAAUUGUCCCACACACCAAGUGGGCCAAACAGAACAUUUGCUUGAGCCUGGGGCCACCAGUUUGCGACCCCUGCCGAACACAUUUAACCCUCCAAGUAUGUAUAAGGUUAUAUUUAUUGUUCUGGAGAUGUCAUUAUACAUAGUUGGGGGUGUGAUAUUUCAAGUCCUUAUCUCUCAGAGCUAAGCUUUAUUAUAGAAACAAACCAAAAAAAAAAAAAAAAAA